AUGGCUCCGUCACCGGUGUCUAACUAUCUUACGCCGUUGGAUAAGUUUAUAAAUGGAGAAGAUUCGCCAGUCUCUUGGAGGUCUGUUUUUUUUGCCCUAUGCAACAGUUGCGAGAACGAGGAAAACUAUGGAUCUGUGAGGAGUUUCCUAGAAGAUGAGACUGUUCAAGACUUAUUAUCCAAACCAUUUGAAGCAUUCCAACCUCCAUCUGCGCUAUCAAAGGCAGCUUUUGAAACAAAAACAUCCGCAGUUAACGUCACACCCUCUAAUGAUGCUCAAUUUGACAUUAAGGUCAUCAAACAAGACUCUCUGUGGCUCAGUAAAGCAGCCAACAUCGACGAAAUAUCGGCCCUCAGAGUAACAUUAGUAGAAAGUCAGAGUCGAUGUACAGCACAGUUACUAGGACCUUUUUCAGAUGAAGAGGUAGCAAAUCUACAAGAAGCUGUCGGGACUAACAAUUUCCCAAACUCUACAUCCCUUUUACUGCCUACUCAAGGUCAACAGAUAGCGCUAAUUAACGAAGAAUUCGAUCGAAUAGAUAAUAGAAAGCUUCGAAUUCUGCGAACGUAUUUAUCCGAAAGAUGCUACAUGUGGAAAUGUGCCGAGCACAUAAUACAUCUUUUCUUUCUAAGUAUCGAUGUCGAGGAAAGUGAUAAAGUGAAAUCAAACACAAGAGCGUUAUGGCUUGAAAACUAUUUCAAGAGUUUGGUUGUUUUCCUCAAGUCUACUAAUGUGGAUACCAUACUUCUCCAGUACAUCAGUACUCUUCGAAACAACAUGCAAAAGUUCAGCAGCUCUUGUGACCUCGUUUGUGAAGAGGAAGUUCGCGAGACAAUAGAAGCGGAUUCGGCUCAGAUGCAAAUUAUAGAAGCAAUACACGCAAUGAAGCUAAUGUGGCACUUUCUAGUAUAUACUGUUGAACUUUCGUCAUCUCAAGUUACAUUGGAAUGGUAUCAAUUUUUGCAAUCUUUAAAUUUUUUCGAAAAUUUCUGUUCGGGAGAUUUACGACUCGGGAUUUUAGCGCAUUCCUUCCAAACACUUUCGGUCACAAUAUCAGUGGAAUUGCUAGGAAACCUUAGUUUUCUUGACUACAAUAACGAAUCUUAUUCUAGACCCGAAAUAGCGUCUGACUCGCCUCCUAGGUAUCUUUUAGCAUGGAGUCCAAAGAGUAUCUCCAGUCUUCAUUCCAUUAUUCUUCAGGCUGCAGAUUUAGGCCUCGUAAUAGCUGGUCCUGCCAUUCUAGCAUGGAGUAUGCUUCUAAAAUCAAUAGUAGCUCGUGUUGAAAAUGAAAAGACGACAAAGAUUACCGAAGAUAAUUAUAACCAAAAUUUAGAUCAUGAGACUAUCGCGUACGAAAAUCUAGUGGAUGAAAUCCAGGCAACUGUUGAAGAUGACGUUAUUGAUUAUCUCGCACGUCGUGCCGUCAAUGUGUGCCACGUUCUGGAGACAGUAUCGACGAUUUCACUGCGCCUCAGCAAUACUCCUGAUGCCUUCUUUACAGACUCACUUGGAAAUCAGAUGCGGAAUUCCUUUCUUAAUCUCAUAAGAAAUUGUUUUGGGGUGGGCUACAUACCUGAAAUAAUUGAAGCUAUAAUAUCAAUUCUCUCUGGCGGUCGUAGGUAUUGGGAUCAUGUUAGUGUAAAAGCUACUCGUCAGUUAAAUGACCCGGUUGUUGGCUUUAAUAAUGAUAAUCUAUUAAUCGAAGCUUUUCUGAAAAUAUCUCAGUCAAGAUACCCUUAUGAGUCAUUGCCAUUCCUCAAAAUUGUGCGGGCUCUAGCAUCUAUUCCACUAUGCUAUGGCUUAGAUGAUCCUGAUUCAGUGCUAAGAUUCCUAGACACGGUUCCGGUAUUUACUUACACACUCCCAACAGAAUUUACAGACUACGAAACGACACAAGAGGAAGAAAAUAAUAAUAGUAUAAAGCUGACGAGAGCGGUCCACCUCUUCGAACCCCGUAACAAGAACCUUAGCAAUGUAUGGAACUACAAUAAAACUAUGGCUGUCGCUAGGAAUUCAGAAGAUUUUAUUAUUCCUGCCGGUACAAUUGGUCGAAUAAUAUCGGAAUCAGGACCAAGAGUAGCAUGUUGGUUUCAUGAGUACUCAGCCCUUAAGUACUUUGGCAAAUUACUUGAAACUUUUCUUGCAUCUAGCGGUCAAGUUGAUGGUACAAAUGGUAUGCCGGUUGAUCGUGAAUCAGUAAGCGAGAUUGUCGAACUAUUUGCCAUUUUUACACUCAGCAUCACUCAAUCAAAAGAGACAAACCCUGACUGGAUCGAGAAUGCCAAUAACAUUUUGGCAAUUUCUAGUUCAGGCCUAAGUCAAAAUCAUGAUAUUGUCACAGUAAUUUUCGAAAUUUUCGAAGAAGAACUACAGCUUCAGUCAAGCUGCGUUGGCAGUUAUUCUUCUCUGAGUAUUUUAGUCAGUUGUGUUCACUUUAUACAUGCAAUUCUUCCGCUCUCUUCGAGACGCGUGUGGCCUAUGUUAGCAAAAAGUGGACUUCUUGGUGUUAAUAGAGAUGAAGGAAGGCUUUCAAAUAUCGUUGAGGGCACCGAAGUCAUUUCUGGAAACUUUGAAUUCUUAAUAUCCUGCUCAAUGCUUUAUGAAUCAUUGCUAGAUGAUCUAGCCACUAACGCACUACGAAGAAAAAUAAGUAAUGACUCAUCUGCCAACUUCGUAGGAGUACAGAAUAUUAGAACGUGUUCACCUGAUCAAUCUGUCGCUAAAAUUUUAUAUUUCUUCACUAGAUAUCUGGUUGAUGUCAUGGAAAAUUCAGGAAGUUGGAAGUUUCAGUUAGAUGAUGAUCGGCGGAGUUUGUGUAGAACUAUUUUAACGGCUUUUGAAAAAGUUCUCAUGCAUGUCUAUGGUAUUGAGGCAUCAGCAAGGACUACUGAGAAAAGCAGGGAACUCCAAUCAAAAUUUAACAUCGUGAAUCCAAAAGAGAAUCUGCCAAUGAUGGAGGUCUUGACCCUCUCGGCUACCCAUCUUGUAGAAUGCUUCUUAUCAACGUCUUCCGGAAGCUUGAGAUUUCAACCGUUAUUGCGCUCAUAUUUCGAUGGACUAGAAAGCCCAAUUUCCACGCCAUUUCCAUAUCAGUCUCAGCUAUGGAAAAGAUACGUCAUUAGCUCAAUAUUAUUUUCCAAAACUUUACUUCGUGUCAGUACAUUUCUAAAAAGGCCUGCAUCUCAGCUCGAAAAAUUACUUUUCAACUCUUCCUGUCUCAUUACCAGACUUUACAGUAUAGAUGAUGAGUACUCAGUGCCUAUUGUCAAUUUGCUGGAGAGUCUGGUUUUAGCUGCCUCUAGCCACGGACCUGAACCUCCAUCUCUCCUUGGUCAUCUCGGUCCACAUACUGCAAGAAAUUUCUUACGGGUUCUUUCGGUCCUUGAUAAACCACAUUCGAGGAAAAAUAUCGUGACUAGUAUUUGGAGUUUUCUGGGAACGGUCGUCAGUAGCCGGCAACAGUGGUUUUCAAAUUACUUGCUGACCGGAAAAACCCCAAGAGAUACACUGAAGGGUAAAGUAAAAAAAACAAACAUGAUAACUUUGGAGAAAUCGCUCCUAACCACUGCAUUGCAAAGUUUAACGAAAAUUACCGAGGUGCCUACAUAUGAAACCCUAGCUAUGCUCGAGUUUGUUGCAUUGGCUCAAAACUUUUGGCCUUGGACUGUAUGUAACGCAGUAGAGUACGCAGAGUUUAUCAAGUCUAUAAUGGAAUUUGUCGGAAACUUCACUCCCCCUCAGUUACGGCAAGGAAAUACAAACGACUCUAUCAGCGCUUGUCAUCAAAUUAAAAUGGCUGCCUUUAUAGCUGAAAUUUUAGCUAUGCAUCUAUAUCAUUCUCGACAGACAGGCGUCUCAGUUCCACUAAAAAACAUACUUUCAAAUUUAGCGUACUACGAGAAAUACGGAACCUCUACACCUCAAUACAAUGCUUCUCUUCAUGGGUUACUGAAACAGAAUUUUGAAGCUCGAUACUCCGGCGCUUGCGCUGGAGACUUCAAGCGAUCUACCCUAGAAAGUCGGCCUUUUGGUAUAGAUUAUUUCUACGAUAUUAAAUUAGCGGAUAAAAUGUUACGACUUGACCAGGCCUGGACUGGGAGAAAUGGUGAUGAUGGUAUUCGUGCUGAGUUCGAGAGAGCGAACGUGAAUCUCUCGCUUGUUGAUGCUCACAUUGCCCUCUUUCAAAGCUGGAAAUUGCUUUCGCUAGAGCUAAGUAGCCGCAUUUUAAUGGAACCGGAGCUUCAGAGAUUAUUCCGUAAGGUCAUCAGUGAUAGUCUUGCAGCCAAUUGUAAAGCUCAGCCACCAGAAGAAAUAUUUUGUAGGCUUUCUCAGACUAGAGCAGACUUUGCUCUUGUUCUAACCCAACGGUUAUUAUGCGCGGAAUUGUCAAGCAUUGAAUCAAACGGACUUUUAAAAGUCGUCUGGAAGACCAUUUGUGAGCUGAGAGGAAAUUUUGAUCGACCCGUACCCGAUAGUGAUACCCUUUACUAUCGCUCUCUGCUUAAACUUUUAUUUCUUACUAUUCACGCUCACGUGGAAGCCCGCCCAAGUCAAAGCUAUCUCCCAGAGAAGUCAGUAAGCUUCUCACAAAUUUCCUCAAUCAGUCAAAUAGUCAUCGAAGUUGUUAGAUAUGUUGUCUGCUAUGGCCUUCGCGAAAUAAUUACCUCAAUCCACGAUUCACCGACAGAAUCGUCGCCAGAAGAUCUUGCCCUCAUAACUGGCAUACUUCAGUCAUGCCUAAGAAUACCUGGUAUCACGAACUUUCAUUCCCAAAUUAUGUCAAUUAUGGUAAGUAAUGAUACACCAAAUAUUGUCAUGCGCCUUUUCUCAUGGUCUGAUCGACUUGCCAUCAAUGGAGACCCAAUUUAUGGAGAGCUUAGUAUUCUAUUUUUGCUUGAGUUAUCAAGUGUACCUAUGAUAGCCGAACAAUUGGCUAUAGAAGGACUUCUCACUCAAAUUUCGUCUGCCAGUAUCAUAACUUACUUUCACACUGAUGGUGUGGAUUCGCUCUCGGUAAACAUUGGUUCACAACGAUGUUACAAUAUAUGGGCUCGUGGUAUCCUACCAUUACUGUUGAAUCUUCUUGAUUCUGUUCAACAAUCUAUAGCGACAGAAGUAGCACAAUUUCUUAAUCAAUUUCCUAAACUCUUGAAAAAAUCCGAGGAAUCGCUCGAAGCGCCUCUUAUGAAUCGUUUACCUGAUCAAGAUCCUAAACAACGCAUUACAUUAACAGCCUGCUCAGAAGCUCAUUCAUUGGCAUUGAUUAUUUUCAUACUUAAUGGUUUCAGAGAUACUCUUGGAGGAAUCUUAGAUAUUCCCAUUAUUAAUUGGGAUACCAAUGCCGUCUUAGAGAAUGUAGAGUUCUGGCUAGGGAGUAAAGCCUUGCUAAGAGAAAGAUUAUUGCCUAUCGGUGAACGCGAGGUGGAAAUGCUCGGAAAAUUAGAAGAAUCUAAUGUAGCUGUAUGUGAAUUGGAAGAAAGGGUUGUUUGUGAGAUGAAGGGAAUUAGAGAUAUACUUGGUGCCAGUAACACGUGA